CCGCUCGCACUGCGCGACUCUGGUUCGCGUGCGCGGCGCUCGCUGCUGCACUGGCACUGCUGACUGAACCAUUGCUGGGCUGCUGCGGGGACGUGCUAACCGCGAAUUCGCUUAGUGGCUCCCACACCGCGCAGCUUUUUGCCGUGACAUCUAUCGCUGCGAAGGACUCUGCACCGCGCACCACAGGCCGCCGCCGCCCUGCCAAUUUCGAGACUCCCAGCGACGGACUCGCGACCCCGCUGCCCAGCAUGGCGCCCCCUCCGCACAGCAAGCCCGAGAACACUCUCAAACGCGCCCAAGAGCUCAUCGGCGUCAACCAGCAGCAGGCCGCCCUGCAGCUGCUGCACGAGCAUGUCACCUCCAAGCGCACCCGCAACAGCCCCAUCGCCUCGCUGGAGCCCGUCAUGGUGCUCUUCGUCGAGCUCUGCGUCGACCUGCGCAAGGGCAAGCUCGCCAAGGACGGCCUCUACCAGUACAAGAACACCGCCCAGAACACCAACGUCGGCACCAUCGAGACCGUCUUCAAGAAGUUCAUCGAGCUCGCCGAGAACAAGGUCACCGAGGCCCAGGCCAAGGCCGACGACGUGCAGUCGUCGCUCGAGGGCACCGCCGACGCCGGCGAGGCCAAGAACAUUGAGGACCUGGAGGCCUCUGAGACGCCCGAGUCCAUCCUGCUGUCCACCGUCUCCGGCGAGCAGGCCCGCGACCGCACCGACCGCGCCAUCGUCACCCCGUGGCUGAAGUUCCUGUGGGAGACGUACCGCACCGUGCUCGACAUCUUCAAGAACAACGCCCGCCUGGAGCUCAUGUACCAGUCGACCGCCCACCAGGCCUUCCAGUUCUGCUCCAAGUACGCCCGCAAGACCGAGUUCCGCCGUCUCUGCGAGCUGCUGCGCAACCAUCUGCAGAAUGCCGCCAAGUUCUCCUCGCAGAUGCACGCCAUCAACCUGUCCGACCCCGACACCCUGCAGCGCCACCUCGACACCCGCUUCCAGCAGCUGAACGUCGCCGUCGAGCUCGAGCUGUGGCAGGAGGCCUUCAGGAGCGUCGAGGACAUCCACACCCUGCUCAGCCUGAGCAAGCGCCCCGCCAAGAACGUCAUGAUGGCCAACUACUUCGAGAAGCUCACACGCAUCUUCCUGGUCAGCGAGAACUACCUGUUCCACGCUGCCGCAUGGAGCCGUUACUACAACCUGCUCCGCCAGUCCGCCGCUGCCGUUGCCUCCGGACAGGGCCUGAAGAAGGACAACCCAGCCGUCACCGAGGCCGACAUGACCAAGGCCGCUUCGUUCGUCCUCCUGUCUGCGCUCUCGAUUCCCGUCAUCAGCACAUCGCGCUCUCGCGGCGCCCUUGUCGAUGCCGACGCGGCCAGGAACAACAAGAACUCGCGUCUCACCAACCUGCUCGGCAUGAACCAGGCACCCACCCGAGCCAUUCUGUUCAAGGAUGCGCUCAGCAAGGGCCUGCUCAAGCGUGCCCGCCCCGAGAUCCGUGACCUCUACAACAUCCUCGAGGUCGACUUCCACCCCCUGUCCAUCUGCAAGAAGAUCUCCCCCAUUCUUGCGCAGAUUGGCGCUGAUGAGGAGAUGAAGAAGUACGUCGGCCCGCUCCAGCAGGUCAUCCUCACCCGUCUCUUCCAGCAGCUGUCUCAGGUCUACGACUCGGUGCAGAUCAAGUUUGUGCUUGAGCUGGCCCAGUUCCCUGAGCCCUUUGGUGUCAGCAAGGGCACCAUUGAGAAGUUCAUCAUGAACGGUUGCAAGAAGGGCGAUCUUGCCAUUCGCAUUGACCACGCCGCUGGCGUGCUCACCUUUGACUCUGAUGUCUUCUCUUCCGCAAAGGCCAUGCACACUGGCUCCAAUGCCGGCUCAGCCGAGAGUGAGACUCGCUCCGUCCAGCGUCUGCAAAGCACACCCGCUGAGAUUGUCCGAUCUCAGCUCACACGCCUUGCCAAGUCGCUCUUUGUCACAUGCCAGUACGUUGACCCUUCGUUCAACGCCGAGCGCAUCAGGCAGAAGGAGGCUGCUCUCGCCCGCGCCAAGGAGGGUGCCGAGCAGGAGCACCAGGAGACUAUUGCUCGUCGUGAGAUCAUCUCGCAGAAGAAGGAGGCUGCCGCAAAGGCACUCCAGGCUAAGGAGACCGAGGAGCAGAGCAAGAGGGCUCUUCGCGCGCAGCAGAUCAAGGAAGAGGAGACUCGCCGUCUUGCUGAGGAGCAGCGCCAGCGCGCUGAACAGCGCAUCAAGGCUGAGCAACAGCGUAUUCAGCGUGAGGAGAUUGAGAAGCAGCUUAAGGAGCUGAAGGCUACUACCAAGGUCGACAUUGACCUGCCGGAGAACCUUGAGGAUCUCGACUCCACCAGAAUCCGUAUCCUCAAGCUGCAGGCUCUUGAGAAGGAGAAGGCCGUGCUUGCCGAGACUCUUCGCAUCACCGGCAAGCGCAUUGACCACUUGGAGCGUGCUUACCGCAAGGAGGAGAUCAAGCACCUCAAGGAGGACUACGAGAAGCAGCAGAAGGCCGAUGAGGUGGCUUAUGAGAAGGCCAAGGUUGAGGAGCUCAAGGAAGCCGAGGAGAAGCACAAGGAAGACGUUGCCCUCAAGCACCGCCUGUCACGACUUGUGCCAGUCUACGCUGACUUUGUCAACACGGUGAAGAGCAACCGCAAGGCUGAGUUCGAGAAGCGCUCGAGGGCUGCACAGAAGGACCUUGAGGCCAAGAAGCUUGCUCGCGUCAAGGAAGUCAAGGAGAGACUUGCCAGAGAGAGGCGUGAGCGUGAGGAGGCUGAGCGAAGACAAAGAGAGGAGGAGGAGCGUGAGGCUGCUGAGGCUGAGGCUAAGGCUGCUGAGGAUGAGGCCAGGCGCGCGAGGAUGGCCGAAGAGAAGGCCAAGCGUGACGAGGAGCGCAAGGCCCUCGAUGAGACCGCACGCAUCCAGCGUGAGCGUGAAGAGGCUGCCGAGGCCAAGCUCCAGGCACGCAAGGCUGGUGGCUUCCGCUCCGAAGUUCCAGACCGCACAUUCUCUCGUGGUGCACCCGCCGCUGCGGAGCCCGAGAGCCGUGGUGGACCACCCCGUCUCGCCCUCGCUGGUGGCAAGCCUUCGUGGCGUGACCGUAUGGCCGCGAAGACUGAAGGGGGUGCUCCUGCUGCUCAGGAUGCUCCUGAGGCUGCUCCUGCCCCCACUCCCGCUGCCGCCCCUGCUGCUGCUCCCCCUGCUGCUGCUCCUCCUGCUUCUCAAGCAGCACCCACACGCAGCGGCUAUGUUCCCCCUCACCUCCGUGGCGCUGGCGGUAGCGCUCCUGGCGGUGGCUGGAGAGAACGCGAGGCCGCAGGACGUGACACACCUCCUCGCGCAGACUCCGGCUCUCCUGCUGCUGGUGGCCGCUACGAGGCUCCCCGCCGCGGUUUCGGUGAAGACCGCAAGGCGUCGCCCGCAACAGGCGGCCGCUGGGAAGCCCCUGCUCGCCGUCCCGCAGAGCGUGAGCCCGAGUCGCGUCCUCCUCCCGCUGGUGCGGGUGAUGGCAAGUACAGGCCCGGUGCCUUCAGGCGCACUGAGCAGUAGAGUGUGGUUAUAUUAGAUAUGAUUGAUGCCUCUGAGUCAUGUGAAAAGGUUUGGCGGUAUAUAGGGAGUUUUGCUCUGCUUUUCUCGGCUCGGUGGUCGGGAUCAUUCAACGUCUUAGCCAGGUUUCCAAAAUGCAUUUUCACCGGUUCUACGAACAUCACACAAGUUUACAGCUCUCUUGGUGAGCGUCUUCUCAUUCCAGUUUUCGUGACGUACGUGCGGCACCUCUCACGUUGCAAGAUAAACGGCGGUUUGAGGAUGUGAGCCAAGUCUACUACGCAACAACAAUGUAAAAAGCUUUCGUAGACUGCUUCUGCCUAUAAUAUAGGAACUGCUU